AUUUGGAUGUCAAAAUGAGCUGGCAGCUCUUUGUGCCACGGCUGGGGAUCAGCUGUGGGUUGGGGUGUCCCUGGGGGGUGCAGCCCUCUCUGCUGUCCCUCCCUGCGUGCCCUUGGUGCUGACAGGACAAACACGGGAUUAUUUGGACACUGUGUUCCUGUCAAAUCUCGUGUUUCCCUUGCAGAUAAGGGCACAAGUGCAGCAGGUGCUUUCAUUGCCUUCAUUUCUGUUGACCUGGCUGACCCCACCAGCCCCGGGAUCCCAAACGCUGUUUUGCCACUGCCCGUGGCCUCCAGGGCCAAGGCUCCCCCAAAACAGCCUCAGUUUCCAGUUCAAGGGGUAAAAAUGACAGAGUUUCAGCCCAAACUCCAGGGUUUAUUUCAAAGCAUGUCGCUGCUGUGUUUAGCCCCAAACUCGGGCCCGGGGAGGCCGAGCCCCAGCCCUGCUCCAGCCUGGCCGUGCCGGGGCUUGGGCAGGGGGUGAGGCUCGUGCCCUCUUUGUGCCUCCGUUUCCCCGUUCCCCCGGCGCCCACGCGGCUCCAUUCAGGCGCUGCAUCGACCCCCGGGAACCGCCCCACAAACCGAGGCCACGGGGAGCUGCAGCCGAGGCCAACCCGGGCCCAGCCCGGGACAAACCCGUGCCACCGCUCUGGGACACGGGGACAGGAGGCGGCAGCGCCUCGCUGGCAGCCGGAGCCGAGGGGCGCUCGGGGUGUCCGUGGGGCGGCCCGGCCCGGGCGCCGUGUGUGCUUUGGCACGGGGGCCAAGGCCGCUCGCUGCGGCCGCGGCACCUGCGGCCCUUCCCGCGCCUCCUCCCGCGGCCCCGUUAAAGCUCCCGCGGGGCCGCGCCUCGGCCCCACCGCGGACACCGCGCUCCCCAGCCAUGCUGCACCUCGUGCUCCUCGCCGCCCUCGCCCUGUGCGGUGAGUCCCGCCCGGAGCCUUCGGCCCCGGCGCCCCCCGGAACGCCCCCCCCGGGCCGGCCCCGCGCCGGGGGCUCACGCCGUCCCCGUGUCCCCAGGGCGCUGCUCCGAGCUCGAUGUGGAUCAGAUGCAGCGGGUGGUCGGCGGCACCGAGGCGCGCUCGCACGCCUGGCCCUACCAGGUGGGUCCCGCCGCCGUCCCGCGCCGCGGCCCGGGGCUCUCCCGGCGCCGCCGCCCCGCGCUCAGCCCCGGCCCGUGUCUCGCCCCCCGCCCAGGUCUCCCUGCAGUAUUACUCCGGCGGCGGCUGGCACCACACCUGCGGGGGCUCCCUCAUCCAGAGGAACUGGGUGAUGACCGCCGCCCACUGCGUCAACAAUAACAUGAACUACCGUGUGGUGGCCGGCGAGCACAACCUCAACAGGAACGAGGGCAGCGAGCAGAUCUUCAGCGUCAGCAAGAUCAUCGUGCACCCCUACUGGAACAGCAACAACGUGGCCGCAGGCUACGACAUCGCCCUGUUCCGCCUGAGCACCUACGCCACCCUGAACAGCGCCGUGCAGCUGGCCGUGCUGCCCCAGGAGGGCACCAUCCUGCCCAACAACUACCCCUGCUACAUCACGGGCUGGGGCCUGACCCGCAGCAACGGGCAGCUGUCCAGCGUGCUGCUGCAGGCCUACCUGCCCGUCGUGGACUACCAGACCUGCUCCAGCCCGUCCUACUGGGGCUCCACCGUCAAGAACACCAUGGUGUGCGCCGGCGGCGACGGCGUGCGCUCCGGCUGCCAGGGCGAUUCCGGCGGGCCCCUGCACUGCGCUGUCAACGGCCAGUACCAGGUGCACGGCGUCACCAGCUUCGUGUCCAGCCAGGGCUGCAACGUGGCCCGCAAACCCACCGUGUUCACCCGCGUCUCCGCCUACGUCUCCUGGAUCAACAGCGUCGUCGCCCAGAACUGAGCGCAGCGGGACCAGCGCUCGCUGCCCCUCGCCCCUCGACAUCCCCCGCCUCCCCCGCGCCCAGCCCCGGCCCUCUCGCACCCGAGCCGCCCUCAAUAAAAUCUCUCCUCCCG